AUGGCUCUGCGCCCAUCAAAUGCCAAAGCAGCUGUCACCAGGCAGACCACCAAACCGCCGCAACAGCGAGAGGCAGCUGCGGCGCCACAGCAGCCGGCAGGGCCCUCGCUUCAUGCCGCGGUGCAGCAGGACGAGAAGCAUGCCUGCCUGGCGGCCCUGUAUGCUGCGCUGGCCGCUGGGGCGGACGUGAACGAGCCAGACGGCAAUGGCCGCCUGCCGCUGCACCUGGCGGCAGGCUACAACCGCAACGCGUCGGCGGCGGCAGCAGCAAUCAAGGCGCUUGUGGAGGCGGGUGCCGACGUGGCAGCCGCCAGCCGCAGCCAGCGCCGCCAGGCGCUGCACUAUGCCGCCUGGAACGGCAGCGGCACGGCGGCGGUGGCGGCCAUAGAGGCGCUGCUCGACUGUGGCGCUGCGCUGGCGGCGGAGGACUCCAACGGCUGCCAGCCCAUCCAUUGGGCAGCCGACAACUACCACUCCCACGAGGCGGCAGUGGCAGCAAUCAAGGCCCUGCUCAUCGCCGGAGCGUCGGUGGAUGCAGUCAACGACCGUGGCGCCACGCCGCUGCACUGGGCAGCCACCAACCGCGACCCGGCGGCCGCCGCGGCAGCCAUCAAGACGCUAUGUGCGGCGGGGGCUGCCGUGGCGGCCCGCGACUCCUACGGAGAGCAGCCCAUCCACUACGUCGACUCAAACAAGAGCGGCAAGGCUGCAGCCGCAGCUGUCAAAGCGCUGCUGGCUGCCGGGGCCGACGUGAGCGCCCUCGACCGCCGCGGCAACACCCCCCUGCAUGCCGUCGCGGGCAGCGACCUCGCCGACAGCACAGCGGCGGCGGCGGCGGCGGCGGCGCUUCUGGCGGCGGGCGCUGACGUGGCAGCACUCAAUAGUGAGGGUGACUCGGCCUUCAUGCUGGCCCUGGAGCGAGGAGGAGGCGCCCCCAGCGAGGAGCUUCUGCGCAUGCUGCUCCCAGGAGGGGAGGCCGGGGCGGAGCCGGCGGCAAGCAGCGGCGUGCUGCCCCUUGUGGCCAAGGCCUGGCGGUUGUCGCUUCGGCAAGCCUCCCGUGGCGCGGCAGGGGCGGCGGUGGCGCAGCCGCCGCAGAUGGCAGCGGCAGCAGCAGCAGGGAGGCCGCCGGCUGUGCCCAGCCUGCGCAGCUUAAACGUUUCAGGCGAGCUUUUGCUCACAUCAGGAGAGCGCUGCAAGCUGCAAGCAAGCAGAGAAAGAAGAGCAGCCCACAUGACCGAGCCCGAGCAGGGCUCUGGGCCUGCGCCCGAGCUUACCGCAGAGGAGGAGCGGCGGCAACGGUUGAAGGCGGCUGGCGAGGCGUACUUCGCCAAGGUGCUGCACCAGAGCAAGGGCAAAGACCUUCUGGCGGUCGCCAAGUCGGCAGCACCCAGCUUGAGCGGCGGCGGCGGCGGCGGCGCGCCGGGCUCGCAGCAGCGCCUGCCGCUCACAGCCUGUGACGUGGACUUUCUUCAAGCAGGGGCGGUGAUCGAGGGGGCGCGCACCUAUGUGCUAGGCACCAUCUUCGUGGCAGCUCAGGCGGUGCAGCUGGUGUUUCUGAAGGCCUCGCUGACCGCCAUCCAGACGCCCUCCCUGCUCGCCUUCCUGCACUUCCUCCCCGUCGCCCUCCUGCUGUGGAUGCUGGCCGGCCAGGGCCUGCUGGAGCUGCGCCCCGUCACGCUGCGCACGCUGCAGGGCGGCGCUGUGGCCGCCACCCUGGGCGGCCUGCAGGCGCUGACGCUGUUCUGGGCGCUGCUGCACUCCCAAGUCUUCCUGGUGCUGUGCUGGACCGCGGCGGCGCCGCACCUGCUGCGAGCCACCCUCGACAUGCUGCUCAACAGGCGGCCGCCGCCGGGGGGCCGCGUGGUGGCGCUGCUCGUAGGCCUGGGCUGCACAGCUUCGGCGCUGCUGGUGCAGUUCCCGGGCGUGCUGGGCCUGCUGGGCCUGCUGGCCUGGACGGCGGCGGAGGCGGUGGGCGCCAGCUGGGCGCAGCUGCGCCAGCGGCCCGACCUGGCGGCCGAGCUGGCGGCGGCGCAGCAGGGCGUGGGCGGGCUGCUGAGCCAGCUGCUGGACGCAGAGGCGUCGCUGGAUGCCGCCAGCCUGGCGCUUGUCCGCCACAUCCUGCCGCUGCUGCCCUUUGCCCUGCUGGGACUGCUGCUGCGGGAGGGGCGAGAGCUGGUGGAUCACGAGCUGUCUGUGCCAGCUGUCACCAUGAUCCUGCUGUCCUGCAUGGCCAUGGCCGUCUCCGUGGCCACAGACCUGCUCAUCACAGGCGGCCUCACCCGCCAGGCGCACGCGGCGCUGGUGGCCGCGGGCCCGCUGGGCACGGUGGUGACCGAGGCGGCGGUGCACGGCCUCAGCAGCCCGAUAGCCUUUGUGGCGGCCAUAGCGUGCAGCAUAGCGGGCGUGCUGCUGCGCGUCACCGCAGUGUCCCCAGGCCCCUGA